AUGGGAGACCCGCAAUACGCCAAGUUCCCCGAGCUCCAGCUGUCUCAGCACAUCUUCCACAUCACGAAUCCAUCCUCAUCCAAGUCUACCCAGGAAGCUUCGCUCAAGACUCUCCAAGAUGCGAUCAAGGAACACAAGAUGGCCCCGCUCUAUCGACACCUGGCGCACCCCUCAGAAGGCAUCCUGAACGCCCCCGGCGAGGGCUCCGCUCAGCAGCCCGCACGCCCACGCCGAUCGUCGUCCAGCAUAGGCACGCUCCUUGCUCCCACCAAGCAGCCCGCGCUGAAUGUUUCCUUGCCCUGGGAUGAGCAACUGUACGAACAGCUCCGGGCGGAUAAUGACAAGGAGUUGGAGGCGAUACAGAAGGAGGAGGACGAGGCAGAGGAGAAGGCCGGCGAGACCGAGAUACAGACGGCAAGAGGCAAGCGAGCAGAGUUCUGGACGCGCGUGGGCGACAAGGAUAAGGCGAUUGCCGCCUAUGAAGCUGUAUUCGAGAACACGGGCAUUCUAGGCACCAAGAUCGACCUCGUCCUCGCCAUCAUCAGAAUAGGAUUGUUCUUCGGCGACAAGGUGCUUGUGAAGAAGUCGGUUGAGCGCGCCACCAACCUCGUCGAGGGUGGCGGCGACUGGGACCGCCGGAAUCGCCUGAAGGCCUACUCUGGUCUGCACUACCUCACCGUCCGUGCUUACAACCAAGCCGCUCCGCUGCUGCUUGACAGCCUUUCAACGUUCACCAGCUACGAGCUGUGCAGCUACUCCUCCCUCAUCAUCUAUGCCGUCCUCGCCGGUUCGGUUUCCUUGAAGCGCGUCGACUUCAAGGCCAAGGUCGUCGAUUCGCCAGAGAUCAAGGCUAUUUUGGGUGAUGGAGAGGAGAAGUUGUCGGCUUUGACGGGUGCCGUCUCGUCUGGCCCGGCUGCGGGCGACGAGGAGAUGGGUGACGCUCAGGGCUCCACGGCUACUCCUACCCCGGCGGCGGUCAACCUCACGACGCUCGGGCAGGCCCAGGAGGAGGAGGCGCAGAUUGACUUCAGCUCGCUGUCCAGCUUGGUCAACAGCCUGUACUCGGGCAACUAUCGGGAUUUCUUCCGAGCGCUGGGCGAGGUCGAGGAGCAAUUCCUCAGCAAAGACCGGUACCUCUUCGAACACCGGGGCUGGUUCGUCCGCGAGAUGCGGUUGCGCGGCUAUCAGCAGCUGCUGCAGAGCUACCGGGUCGUUGGCUUACAGAGCAUGGCCAACGACUUUGGUGUAUCGGUGGACUUCCUCGACAAGGAUCUCGCAAAGUUCAUCGCGGCGGACCGGGUGCCGUGCACGGUAGAUCGCGUCAGGGGCAUCAUCGAGACGAACAGGCCAGACUCGAAGAACAAGCAAUACAAUGACGUGGUCAAGCAAGGCGACCAGCUGAUCACGAAGCUGCAAAAGUACGGGCAGACGGUUAGGAUGAGGGGUAGUGAGAGGGGCUGA